AGGAUGCAUGUCGUGUGAUGGGGUGCUGCGACUGGCUGAGAUGCUGUGGUGGAGGGGAGCCCAGGCCCCGCACAGUCUGGUUGGGACACCCCGAGAAGAGAGACCAGAGGUACCCUCGAAAUGUCAUCAACAACCAGAAGUACAACUUCUUCACCUUUCUUCCUGGGGUGCUGUUCAACCAGUUCAAGUACUUUUUCAACCUCUAUUUCUUACUUCUCGCCUGCUCCCAGUUUGUUCCUGACAUGAGACUCGGCGCGCUCUAUACCUACUGGGUUCCACUGGGCUUCGUGCUGGCCGUCACCAUCAUCCGAGAGGCGGUGGAGGAGAUCCGAUGCUACCUGCGGGACAAGGAAGUCAAUUCCCAGGUCUACAGCCGGCUCACAGCGAGAGGGACCAUGAAGGUGAAGAGCGCUAACAUCCAAGUUGGAGAUCUCAUCAUCGUUGAAAAGAACCAGCGGGUGCCUGCUGACAUGAUCUUCCUGAGGACGUCAGAAAAAAACGGGUCUUGCUUCCUGCGGACGGAUCAGCUGGACGGGGAGACGGACUGGAAGCUGCGGCUCCCUGUGGCCUGCACGCAGAGGCUCCCCACGGCCGCUGACCUCCUUCAGAUCCGAUCUUACAUCUACGCGGAGGAGCCCAACAUCGACAUUCACAACUUCGUAGGAACGUUUACCAGGGAGGACAGCGACCCUCCCGUCAGCGAGAGCCUGAGCAUAGAGAACGCGCUCUGGGCCGGCACUGUCGUCGCAUCAGGAACCGUCGUGGGUGUGGUUCUUUACACGGGCAGAGAACUCCGGAGUGUCAUGAAUGCCUCCAGCCCUCGAAGCAAGAUUGGCCUGUUUGACCUGGAAGUGAACUGCCUCACAAAGAUCCUCUUUGGCGCCCUGGUGGUGGUGUCGCUGGUCAUGGUGGCCCUCCAGCACUUUGCCGGUCGGUGGUACCUACAGAUCAUCCGCUUCCUCCUCUUGUUUUCCAACAUCAUUCCCAUCAGCUUGCGCGUGAAUCUGGACAUGGGGAAGAUCGUGUACAGCUGGGUGAUUCGAAGGGAUUCCAAAAUCCCUGGGACUGUGGUUCGUUCCAGCACGAUUCCUGAGCAGCUGGGGAGGAUUUCUUACGUACUCACAGACAAGACAGGAACUCUUACCCAGAACGAGAUGGUGUUCAAACGGCUCCAUCUGGGCACAGUGGCCUACGGCCUCGACUCAAUGGAUGAAGUACAAAGCCACAUAUUUAGUAUUUAUACUCAGCAAUCCCAGGACCCACCUGCUCAGAAGGGCCCCACGCUCACCACCAAAGUCCGGCGGACCAUGAGCAGCCGUGUGCACGAAGCCGUGAAGGCCAUCGCCCUCUGCCACAACGUGACUCCUGUGUACGAGUCCAACGGUGUGACCGACCAGGCCGAGGCUGAGAAGCAGUACGAAGACUCAUGCCGCGUGUACCAGGCAUCCAGCCCGGACGAGGUGGCCCUGGUGCAGUGGACUGAAAGCGUGGGCUUAACCCUGGUGGGCCGCGACCAGUCUUCCAUGCAGCUGAGGACCCCUGGCGACCAGAUCCUGAACUUCACCAUCCUGCAGAUCUUCCCUUUCACCUACGAAAGCAAGCGGAUGGGCAUCAUCGUGAGGGAUGAAUCCACUGGGGAAAUCACGUUCUACAUGAAGGGGGCGGACGUCGUCAUGGCCGGCAUCGUGCGGUACAAUGACUGGCUAGAGGAAGAGUGUGGAAAUAUGGCACGAGAAGGGCUUCGGGUGCUCGUGGUGGCGAAGAAGUCUCUAGCCGAGGAGCAGUAUCAGGACUUCGAAGCCCGCUAUGUCCAGGCCAAGCUGAGUGUGCACGACCGCUCUCUCAAAGUGGCCACGGUGAUCGAGAGCCUGGAGAUGGAGAUGGAGCUGCUGUGCCUGACGGGCGUGGAGGACCAGCUGCAGGCGGACGUGAGGCCCACUCUGGAGAUCUUGAGGAAUGCGGGCAUCAAGGUCUGGAUGCUGACGGGGGACAAGCUGGAGACAGCUACGUGCACAGCGAAGAAUGCACAUCUGGUGACCAGAAACCAGGACAUCCACGUGUUUCGGCUGGUGACCAACCGCGGCGAGGCCCACCUCGAGCUGAAUGCCUUCCGCAGGAAGCAUGACUGUGCCCUGGUCAUCUCUGGGGACUCCCUGGAGGUUUGCCUCAAGUACUAUGAGUACGAGUUCAUGGAGCUGGCCUGCCAGUGCCCGGCCGUGGUCUGCUGCCGCUGCGCCCCCACCCAGAAGGCCCAGAUCGUGCGCCUGCUCCAGGAACGCACAGGAAAGCUCACCUGUGCCGUCGGUGACGGAGGCAAUGACGUCAGCAUGAUUCAGGAAUCCGACUGCGGCGUGGGCGUCGAGGGCAAGGAAGGAAAACAGGCUGCCUUGGCCUCGGACUUCUCCAUCACUCAGUUCAAGCAUCUUGGCCGGCUGCUCAUGGUACACGGUCGCAACAGCUACAAGCGCUCGGCCGCCCUCAGCCAGUUCGUGAUUCACAGGAGCCUCUGUAUCAGCACCAUGCAGGCUGUCUUCUCCUCCGUGUUUUACUUCGCCUCCGUUCCUCUCUACCAAGGAUUCCUCAUCAUCGGGUACUCGACCAUCUACACCAUGUUUCCCGUAUUCUCUCUGGUCCUGGACAAAGACGUCAAGUCGGAAGUUGCCAUGCUGUACCCUGAGCUCUACAAGGAUCUUCUCAAGGGACGACCGUUAUCCUACAAGACAUUCUUGAUAUGGGUUUUGAUUAGCAUCUAUCAAGGGAGCACCAUCAUGUACGGGGCGCUGCUGCUGUUCGAGUCCGAAUUCGUGCACAUCGUGGCCAUUUCCUUCACGUCGCUGAUCCUCACCGAGCUGCUGAUGGUGGCCCUGACAAUCCAGACCUGGCACUGGCUUAUGACGGUGGCCGAGCUGCUCAGCCUGGCUUGCUACAUCGCCUCCCUGGUGUUCCUACAUGAAUUCAUUGAUGUGUACUUCAUCGCCACAUUGUCGUUCCUGUGGAAAGUCUCUGUUAUCACCCUGGUCAGCUGUCUCCCCCUCUACAUCCUCAAGUAUCUGCGAAGACGGUUCUCUCCCCCCAGCUACUCGAAGCUCACGUCGUAGGCUGCGCACUCGGUUGGGGGGGGCGGGGGGGACUCCGGCCUCUGCUUUCCUGAGGACAGAGCUCAAGUUCCGUUCAUCUUAACCGCCACCUGUGGACCGUGCCGUAACCGCUCACACGUGCAGUUUGGACGCGAAGAGGCUCUGCAUGGCGUCCCGACACUGGAUCAACAGAGCGGGGGUUCCCAGGAGGUGCCCACGGGGCCCUGUUCGGACCCCUGGUGACUCAUAUCUGAGUGAAUGUGACUGUGUUCAAACUGGUGUCUCAGCCGAGAGAUGUAUAUGUGGGUCACUGCGCAAGCUUCCUUAUGACUUGAAUUUUGUGAUCAUGUGAUAAAAGUUUCCGUCUCGUCGAAGAUGGUAGAGGA